AUGAAAAUUGAUCCUUGCUUAGUUAUUUGUGUAUUGGCAUUAGCUGUAUUAAUGCCAAUCGGAUUCACUAUUGACCACAAGCCAUAUGUAGGCAAAUGCGCUGCAUCUCCUCAUUUAUAUUUAGGAAAUCAUUCUUCAAUUUCAAAUAUUAUUAAUGCAAUCAACGCUUCAAAUUAUUCAAUCAAAAUAGUUUCAUCUGCUAGAUAUUUUCACGCACCUCUUCAAGAUAGCAACGAUUUAAUAAAUUGUUUAAAUAAUAAAGCACAGAAUGGAGUCAAAAUAGAUAUCGUUGAUAACAAUGCUCUUAAUCCAAACAGUUUGAUCAAAAAAAUUGAUUACAUACAGUUCAAAAAUGACGGAUAUGGAAAUAAUUUGUUUAUGACUCUUAUUAUUAUCGAUAACAAAAGAGUUGUGUUCGCUUCUCAAAUGUUCACACUUAUGAAAAGCUCUUCAGCUUCCGAUUUUGUACUUGAUUUUGAAGAUUGCGAAUCUAUUGCUGCAGAAAGUAUCGAAAUUUUCAAUUUCGUAAAGAAAGUUGCCGCAGAAUCUCUUAUAACACUAUUUCCACAUUAUUACAGUCCAGGAUAUUCAUAUCCUCAAGAACAUUUCUCAAUUGACAAAAAAUCAAGUUACUUAUUCUCAAUUACGCCAGAAUACUACGUUUGUCCUAACAGAAAGUUUACCAAAGAUCUCAUUCACGAAUUCUUUACAGAAAAAAUCGGAAAUAUUUCGCUAUUUUCAGGAGAACUAUUUCCAACAUCACAUAACCAAGGAAAUAUUGACGACAUGUUCUUAAUUACUAAUCUUAUAGAAACAGCUGCUUCCAAACAGAACUCAAGCGUUAGAAUUGUUACACAAAACUCAAAGAACAGUUCAAUAUGCGAUGCUACGUUAAGUUUGAGCAGAGUUAAAGGUGUACAGCUUAGAGUUAACACAAACAAUUACGCUACUUACUUUGUCCACGAUGAUUCAGUUGUUUUCAUGCCAAUGUCGUUUAAUGCGGCUUACGAAAACAGUGUUAUUCUAUUGGCCUUAAGAAUUAAGAAUAUUGAUAUAGCUAACGAAGUUUUGGAUCAUUUUAACUAUUAUUGGGAAAAUUCAACUCAUUUGGAUAAUUGUUCUAGAUUUAUUAGUAGUCAUUAA